CGGAAGUGUUUUAAUGUGUUUUUUUCUCCCUGCGGGGAUGUGAGAGGGCUGUUGUGGUGUGUGUCAAGUGUUCAGAUGAUUCCCAACGUCUGAGCGUGGCUUCUUUUCCUGCUCCUUUGCUCCAUAGUUGACGUAGUAUCCCACCAUCUUCCUGUCCUGCUCCGGUGGACCAGUGGACCGUCCCGGGAAGGACUUUUUUUUUUUUUUUUUUUUAAACAUGGGUGCUUGGCAGUCUUCUUCUGGUCCUCUAGAAUACAGACAACUGGCGGAGAAGACGGGCUUCUCCUGUGAGCAGAUUGGAGUUCUGCACAAAAGAUUCAAGCAGUUGAGCCACAACGAAGACACCCUGAGGAGGGAGCACUUCAACGCCAUCCCGGAUCUAGCGUGGAAUCCCAUCCGUACACAGAUUAUCGAGGCCUUCUUCGACAGGAGGAACUUCGUGCCACCCGGGGAGGGCUCGGUGGAGGAGAUCCGCCUGGAGGAGUUUGUGGUCAUCAUGUCCCAUUUCAAGCCACCUUCGCUCAGCAUGACGGAUGAGGAGCGGGACAGCGUCAGGAGGGAGAAACUGAGAUUUUUAUUCAACAUGCACGACACGGAUAACGAUGGGACAAUAACGCUGGAGGAAUACAGACAUGUGGUGGAGGAGCUUCUAUCACGCAGCGGGGCUAUCGGCAAGGAAACGGCUAAAAGCAUUGCCGAUGCCGCCAUGUUGGAGGUGGCCGGUAUAUCGAUGGGUCACAUGGAACCUGACGAGUUCUAUGAGGGCAUCACGUUUGAGCACUUUCUCAAGCUUUUGAACGGCUUCGAGAUUGAGGCCAAGAUGAACGUCCGUUUUUUGAACAUGGACACUACAACUCUCUGCAAGUGACAUCCGUGCAAUAUUACAAAUAAGAAGGAAAAUACAUCCUCUUUCGCCACAUGUAUGCAUUGAGCAAUACUGCUUUUGAGUAACUAUGCAAGUGACACAAUGUGCAUAUUCUGAUAUGAUACUAUUUGUAUACUCUUGGUGCAAACACAUAACAUGCUGGCUGUUCAAGCAAUAAUCAGAGAUGCAUGUUUGACUCUACAUGAUAAUAAUUUCAAAAAGUAUAAAUUAUUUAUCAGGGGUGACAUGGUUGUCUUGGAGGAAACUCAAUUGUAUUUUUGAUAACUACUAAUCAUGAAUUGUUUUGUUAUCAUUCUAUCAUUCUAUUUCAUCGGAUGCAAUAAACUCAUGCAGUUA